UAUCCCGCUCAACCAACUCAGACGGAGAAGAGACUCGACCGAAGCAUAAGUGUUAACGUUCACUGUUAUUUCAUAUUUAAAUUUGCAUUUAACGUCUGCCAGAGUUUCAUUUGUUGUGAUAGGUGACAUCGUUCGCGGAUGUCUGACUGAGUUUAUUGUCAUCGGAAGGUUGACAGUCGUGUCGGACUAAUUUUUGUUAUCCACCAACUCUAGCAGAAGAGCUAACGUCUUUAGCUUUGUCGCUAGCCCGCACAGUGCUAGCGUUAGCUUCGUAACGCUGAAUCUGUGGCGAAAUGGCGGCCAACAAAACACAAGCAACACCAGCAAGUAACUGGUCUUACGGUGCUCCUGAUGAUGGCCAGGUUCACGAAAACCCAGAGUGGGAGAAAGCAAGACAAGCACUAGCCUCCAUUACCAAGAGUCAGAGCGCUGCAAAGACAACACAAGCCAACCGGACCACAGCAGAGGCCGGUCAGUUCCAGCCAGCAGUGACCGACUCAGUUCCCAUGCCGCCGCCGCAGCAGCAGCAGCAGCAGUACUAUCCAUGGUACCAACAAACCCAGCAGCACUACCCUGGAUACACAUACCCCUAUAACUAUUACUACCCCAUGGGUCCAUAUGGAGCUGCAUAUCCACCAAAUCAGUAUGGUGUACCUCCAGGGCCUUACCCAGGAACUCCUUUAGCCAAUGGCCAGCCUCCUCCAGUGCCUGGAAUGGAAGACCAGUCCCCCAGCUACCCCUCUCAACCACAACCCCCACCCCCUGCUACUCCCCAGCCCCCCCAGAGCCCAACCACCUCAGAGAAACCCCCUCCCCCUCCAACCCCCCCCAUUCCUCCCUCACCAAACUCCCAGUACCCUCCCCCUCCAUCACAAAAUGCUUACAGUGCCAACAACUCCAUGCCAUACCCACCUGGUGACCCAAACCAAAUGCAACACUAUAAUCAUUCCCAGGGUAGGCCUAACUAUGGCCAGGGCUUCCAGCCCCAGAGCACCUAUCAGUCCUCUCAGAGUAACUCUCAACAGCCAGGCCAGUAUGUACCAGGAUUGGGCAGAGGAGAGGCCAACAAAAACCAGAAACAAGGACAACAACUGUGGCAUCGCAUGAAGCAGGCACCUGGGGCAGCUGGUGUGAAGUUCAAUAUUCCCAAGAGGCCUUAUCAGGUACAGUGUUCUCCAGCAUCCAAUCAGGCUUUCCCUCCAGGCGAGCAGCCCUCAGGAAUAAAUCCAUCUCCGUCCUCACCAGCUACUGCCAAUGCUGCACCUGGAGGUGCUCAGACACGACCCCAGGACUGGCCCCAAGCCAUGAAGGAAUAUGUGCAGCGUUGUUUUACAGCAUGUGAGACAGAGGAAGACAAAGAUCGCACAGAAAAGGUGCUAAAGGAAGUCCUGCAGGAUCGAUUAAAGGACGGAUCUGCUUACACCAUUGACUGGACUCAUGAGCCUCUGCCAGAACUAAGGGCCAAACAGUCGCGUUGGGAAGCUGUCCCAUCCCUGAGGAGCUCGGAUGGCUCGAUUGGCCGUGGUGGAAGUACAGUGGCCGCAUCUUUGAGAGGCAGGGCCGGAGGACACAGGUUGGGCCACUACAGGAAUAUAUUUUCUCAAAGGAGUCCAUCCUCGAGUUCCUCCCGUUCCUCCUCCCGCUCUCCAUCCCCCUCUCAUGGCCGACACAGGGACCGCAGCAACCAAAGGCACAGGAGAAGUGAUUCUGGCUCACAGUCAGACAGCAGCAUCUCCAGUGACCUUCGUCCUCAGCUGUCAAGACGAGGUCAGAAAGGAGCCCGUGGUCGUGGUAAUGACAGGGAUAGAGGCCGAGGGGGUAGAGGAAGAGGAGGAAAAGCCAAUAGAGGAAGACGAAACAUGGAAGAAACUGGUGGAAAGAAGAGGAAAGGAGGAAGUGCCGGUCUGGAUUUCCAUGACCCCAACAGAGAAGCCAAGAAACAGAGCAGAGCAGCUCGUUUUCACAAGCAGCUCCGUUUAGAGCCCCUGGUUCUCUCUAUCAAUACACUAGACCUGCCUAAUGGUACACAGGAGGGCCUCAGCUGGGAGGACUGUCCCAUUGUGGGAACAUGUCAGGACAUCACAAAGCACUACCUGAGGCUCACCUGUGCCCCUGACCCUGCCACUGUGCGCCCUGUGCACGUGUUGAGAAAAUCUCUGCAGGCUGUGAAACUCGACUGGAAAAACAACCAGGACUACACAUACGCCUGUGAGCAGAUGAAGUCCAUACGACAAGACCUCACGGUCCAGGGAGUUAGAACAGAGUUCACAGUGGAGGUGUACGAGUGUCAUGCACGUAUUGCUCUCGAAAAGGGAGACCAUGAAGAGUUCAAUCAGUGCCAGACCCAGCUGAAGGCCUUGUACAAGGACAAUCCAUCAGAGAACAUAGGAGAGUUUACAGCAUAUAGAUUGCUGUAUUACAUCUUCACCAAAAACUCUGGAGAUCUGACCACUGAGUUGGUGUACUUGACACCGGCAUUGCAGGCAGAUAAGUGUGUGGCUCAUGCUCUUGCACUCCGAGCGGCCUGGGCUUUGGGGAAUUUUCGGCGUUUCUUUAAGCUCUACCUGGAAGCACCACGAAUGGCUUCAUAUCUCAUUGACAAGUUUGUAGAGAGGGAAAGAAAGGUUGCUCUUCGGGCCAUAGUCAAAACGUUCAGGCCUGACGUGCCAGUCCAAUAUGUGCAGUCCACUCUGGGCUUCCCUUGUUUAGACUCCUGUGUGACCUUUCUUACUGGGCUAGGUGUCACCUUCACCCCCUAUGACCCCGAAAAAAUAGACUGUAAAACCAGCACCACAGCUUUGGCUACAACCUGAGUGGGUGGGGGAUUAGCACAAUGUGGGGGAGCCACUAAGAGACUCUCAUGGAUACUUACGUAUUCAAUGCACUGCACUUUAGUCACCGUAGUCAGAUCAGAUACGAUUCAGAUUUAUAAACCCCAUUGAUAAGGAGAAAUUCUAACACAUGUAGCUGAAAGAAUGAGAUUUCAGAAUGCAGGUGCAAUUAUUUGGAACUCUGAUAAGAACAGUUUUAAACAUGAGGGAGACUAUUUGCACACUCAGCUUUUGCUGGUUAGCCUAAUUUCCAACUUAACACAAUAAUUAUGAUGCAAGAAAAGUGAAUCAACAGUUAAGAUUGGGAAAGUCUCAGCACUUAGAUGCCAAUAACAAGAUCAGGGUGGCACCCCCCCCUUUCAUGGUUCCUGUUCCUUUACGACCAUCAGGUGUCAAAGCUAACAGUUUUCUGUUAUGUCUUUUCCUUCCUCAAGUCAACAGAUUCAAGCCAUGUCAAUCAAAAAGGGAAAUGCACAACUCUUCUUCAAGUCACUUAUCCGGCGCUCUCUUUAUUGAAGUCAAGCCAAACAUUGAAUCAAGUCAACUUCACAUUAUCCCCUCAGAGACUGUGAGACGUCCAGGUGAGAAGAUGCAGUUUGUUUGCAAGAAGAAGAAGUGGUGGUUUGUAUGUCCUGCCCUGCUUGCCAUUUCCUCCAUGUAUGAUCUGCACCAGGGGGUUCAUCCUGUUCCCAAAGCAUUCUAUUUGAAAACGAUGGACUGAAGUCUAAAGUCACCUGAUUUUAUUCAGAACUAUUAAUCCGCUGCGUCAGUUAUGAAAUGGUUAUCCAGGAUUGGGAAGACGUCUCAAUCUGUUGAGCAUUGACUCUGUAUGAUAAAGGAUACAGGCCAGUGUUCUUCAUCAAGGUUGUAUCAUCGCUCCCCCACAUUCUGGAAGCUAAACUCCAUCGCCAGGAUCCAAGCAGUUUGAGGCAGAAGCGAAAAUCUGUUUCCAUCAUCCUCAGGUAGAAGUUCCUGUCAGCACCUGGAAUCCAGCUCACCUUGGUCAACACAGCAAAGUGCCCCAAUAACGUCAUCUUAACUUCACCAGCUAAUAUGCAGUCUUCCAGCUGAAGGUGAAUAUUGGAUGAUGGAGCUUGGAGGGGCAACACGCUGCUGCUUCUCAAAGGAAUAACGACGAGUGGUUUGUAUGCUACAUCUGUAACUGGUAUUCACGUGACUGGUAAGAGAAAGGGACUUCUCUAGAAGGAGGUGGAUGAUGACAAUAUCUCCUGUGUUUUGUUUUAGUCUUGUAUAGUUUUUUUUUUUCCCUUUUUUUUUUUUGGAACAGCAAAAUUAAUUAUUCUGACAAGAAAAACAACCUUUUGUCAGACUGAAGAAAAGAUUGAGGAAUGUUUCAAUGUCAUCAAGGAGUUGAAAUCCAAACACGUUAUUUUAAAACUGUAAUUAAUUACAGAGGGAGAUGAAGGCGGAGUGCAGCCUUUUUCCCUUUAUGAAAUAUUUCUUUAAGUUAACAGCUAUAUUUAUUGUGGUACAGACCAGUUCCUCUGAAGUGGCAGUGAAAAUGUAGCAGACUUAAUUCUCUGAUUUGAUUCAGCCCAUUUUUUUCUUCAGGUUUGUGACUUGAAGGUGCACAUACAUUUUACCAGUUGAACUUUGUACAGACUUUAUAUAAGUGAUCCAAAUUUAAAAACUCCAAUUGACAUGUUUCAUCAUUAAUUGAGUUGUGGUCUUAAACAGUAUUAAUAACCAUGGAAGAAAGAUUGACGUGUUAAGUCUUAGGUUUAACUGACCAGAGCACAAGUUGAAUGCAGGCUUUCUGUAAAAUUUGCAUUUAUUUGUCUUGUGUAAAUAUUGUAUGAUAAUGAUUUCCUUUCAGUUAAUGCAUUGGUUAUUUUUCUCACACAUGGGUAAGUGUGAAGGUUUUUUUUCUUGAGUUUCUCAAAACCUUUAAGAUAUUUCUGUGAAUAUGUAAAGUAAUAUGCAGAUGGGUCUGAGUUGGAUUGUUUGCAGUGUCUUUAACAUCAUAACAGUGGUUCCUGUGAAAUCUCUAAAAUCAAAUUUUGGCCAGGUGUCAUGAUCCAAUCCUGCUGAUGAGAAACAUUUUUAAACUUGUCCUCCAGACAAAAGAAUCCCACAUGGCCACUUUUUAUCGCUUCCUGUGAAGUAGCAUAGAUUUUCCAUGACGUUGGCAACGUGAUCGUACAAACCUGGAUGUUGUGAAGUGUUGUGCAAUGACAAUGAUCUCAACAUGUUUUCUUUCUUCCCCCUUCAUCUACCUGACCCCCCUCUGUCGUCUUUACCGUUCCCCCCCCUCACUCCCCAAACCUCUCUACACACCACCAGACGUCUCGUUCUCCAGCUCACAGCACUGCUGCAUUGCAGGAGCACAGAGCCAUGAAAAGUGGGCGAACCUCCUCCAGACGCCAGCCGGAGAGAGAGAGAGAGAAUUGUGAGCAAAAUCCAUGUCUGGUUUUGACCGGCUCAAGUUGAGGCCAUUCAGCUGAUUUAAAUCCAUGGGAGCCUCACGUAAUGAAAUGUGAUGAAAAUGUUGAUCUUCUGCUGCAGAUGUGAUUUUUGCUACUUAGUUCAGAUAUUUCAACAUGUUUAUACUAUGAGACACCUGUUUAGUUGUAGACCAUGUUUUGACUUAAGCCACAAUGUACUUUUCUGUCUGUCCAGAU